AUGCAAGUAAAGUUAUCCUUUUUCGACGAUGCUAAAUUCUCAAAGUCUUUUUGGGAGAAAACCAACAUUUAGAUAGAGGAAUAAAAAAUUGAAUUUUAAUCUGUCCUAUUUGAAAAAAGCAAAAAAACUGGUUUUUGGACAAGCAAAAACUAUAUCAUUUAAGAUGGUAAAUUAAUAAAGUUGAGGGUAUAUAAAUAAUUAUAAAUGAUAGCCAAAUAAGAAAAAUAUACAUCAUGUUAAUCUAGGGAUAUCAAGAAUAGAGAGAAUUAAGUAUAAAAAUGAAUAGGAGUCUGAUGUUUGUAAUAAAGUAUUGAAUAAUAUAUAUAUUUAUAGAAGAAAUAUGGUUUUCGAAUAAUUCGUAAUUAGAAAUUCAAAGAACUGUAUUCAAGAUCUAAAGAACUAAAUUAAUAAAUCUGGGAUUUUCUCAAAAAGUAAUGUCUUCAACUUACAUUCAAAGAAGAGUAUGUUAUUGAAAGAAUGAUUGGAAAAGGAAAUUUUGCUAAAGUAAUUAAAUUUAAUAUGACAGGUGUAUCUUUGUAAUAAAAAAUCUGAUAAAUUGUAAUAUGCUGUUAAGGCAUUUGAAAAAAGUAAGAUGAUGAAUUCUGAAACUGAUAAAUAAGCAUUAAUUAAAGAAAUGUCAAUUAUGAGGAAGUUGAAUUAUAAAGGAUUAAUAAAAAUGCAUGAAAUAUUUGAAGAUGAUACUCAUAUAUUCCUAGUUCAAGAUUAUUUAUAAGGAGGUGAAUUAUAUUAAUAGAUAAAGAAGAAUUAAAAAUAAUCUGAACCAAUAGUUGCUACUAUUCUAGCUACUUUAUUGGAUUCUUUAGAUUAUUUACAUAAAUAAAACAUUCUUCAUAGAGAUCUCAAACCAGAAAAUAUGAUAUUACGUAAAAAAGGAGUUUUGGAAGAUGUUGUAAUAGCAGAUUUUGGAUUAGCAGAUUUUUAUGAUCCAUUAGGUAAUUAUAUGUUUCAAAGAUGUGGAACUCCUGGAUUCGUGGCUCCAGAAGUAUUAUAAGAUAAGAUUUAUGAUUCGAAAGUUGAUAUUUUUAGUGUUGGUUGUCUAAUGUUUCUUUUGAUUGCUGGUAAAUCUCCUUUUAAGGGUUCUACUUAUGAUGAAGUUGUAAUGAGAAAUUAUCAUUGUAAAAUUGAUUAUCCAUCUAUUGAUACUAUUAUUAGUAGUGCAGGUACAUUCUUUAUUAUAAAUAUUAAAAGGAUUAUAACUAUUAAAAUUAUUGUUGCAUCCUCGACCAUCAUAAAGACCAUAACCUAGAGAUGCCUUAAGACAUGAAUGGUUUAUGAUCAAUCUAGAUAAAACAAGAUAUUCAGAAUUAAAUAAAUCAGAAGAAUAUAUUUAUGAUACUAAAGAUACUAUUAAAUCAAGUAAUACUGAUGCAGGUAGUUGUGGAUUUAUGAAAAACUUUAUUGGUCCUUCAAAUUUAGAUAAACCUGAAUUUAUGACUCCUCAAUAAAAUUGUAUUGGAAAUAAAAAGAAAGAUAAUCUUCUAUUCACUCCCCAAAUUACAGUUAUGCAAUAAAUUUAAGAAUAAUUUAAUGAUAGUGAAGAAUAGAUGUCUAUAAAAAAUUUAGAUGAUGACUUUACAGAUAUGAUAUUCGAUGAUGAAUCACCAUAAUCUCAUAGAUUACCUUAAUAUCAAUUAGUAGGAAAGCUAAAAUAAGCUGUUGAUUCUAAUAAUUCUUCUUAUUAUGCAUCUCCUAUAAUCAAAGUAACAGAUAUAUAUAUAAUAAAUUUAUUAGAAAACUCCAGAGAGCCUUGCCAAAGAUAUCAAUCCAAAAGUAAUGACAAUAAAAUAAAAAAUAUAUGAAUAAUAGACUUAGCCAAAGAUUGCUAGCAAAAUAAAGAAUAAUUUGAAAAAUCUUGAGCAAUUAUGA